AUGGGCAGAUUAAGGCGAUCCAGAACCCACCACGCCCGACGAGAUGUCCACCGUGCCGCGCGAACCCGAGUGAGGACCAAGGAUCUCGACCAGAUUGAGAUGGACCUCCGCCCUACCAACAGAGGCAAGCUCGAGAAGCAGCCUAUUGAUGAGGACAAGCCUGGAUUGGGUCAACAUUACUGCGUCGAGUGCGCCAAGUACUAUGAGUCUGAUCUGGCUCUCAAGAACCACACCAAGAGCAAAGUUCACAGGCGCCGACUGAAGGACCUCAAGGAGCCUGCGUACACUAUCGGUGAAUCCGAACGAGCUGCUGGUCUCGGGAGCGACGACAAGCAGAAAGGAGUGGACGAUGUGAUCAAGAAGUUUGAGGGAUUCAGCGGUGCUGCCGAGAGCUCCACAGCCCAGCAAUGA